CAGGACCGGUCGAGGGCAGUGCCCACCGUCGGGCGGCCCGGAUUUCCCGGUGGAUGGUGGCGGGUUUUCCGGGCGGGCCGGAGCAGCGCGGAGCCUCGCCCCGCGGGCCCGGGAGUGGUUAGCCGGCCGCACCAUGCUCAGCUGGCCGCUCAUCGGGGCCGUCCUGGGCCGCCUCCUGGCCUGCUGCCUUCUCACAGGAUCUAGUUCAGGGUCAAAGUUGAAAGGUCCCGAACUGAACUUGAAAGGCACACAGCACGUCCUGCAGGCAGGCCAGACGCUCCACCUCAAGUGCAGGGGAGAAGCACAGCAUUCGUGGUCUUUGCCUGAGACGGUCAGCAAGGAGAGUAAAAAGCUGAGCGUGACCACGUCCGUCUGCGGAAGAAACAGCAAGCAGUUCUGCAGCACCCUGACCCUCAGACAGACAGAAGCGCGUCACACGGGCUACUUUGGCUGCAAGUAUUUAUCCCGCCCAAUGUCCAAGAAGAAGAAAGUCGAAUCCACAAUCUACAUAUUUAUUAAUGAUACAGGCAGCCCUUUCAUAGAGCUGAACAGUGACAUACCCCAAGGGGUGCACAUGGCCGAAGGGAAGGAGAUGGUCAUCCCGUGUCGUGUCAGCGCCCCGGACAUCCCCGUGGCGUUAAUAAAGUUUCCACGAGAAACCUUGAUUCCAGACGGGAAGACCAUAAUCUGGGAUAGCCGGAAAGGCUUUAUAAUAUCCAAAGCAACGUACAAAUUCAUAGGACUCCUGAGCUGUGAAACCACGAUCAGCGGGGUUCUGUAUAGCACAAAAUAUCUCACCUACAGACUAACCAAUACGAUUAUCGAUGUUCAGGUGAACCCUCCAAAUCCAGUCAAAUUGCUGCGAGGUCACACUCUGGCCCUCAACUGUACUGUGACAGCUGCCUUGAAUACCAGGGUUCAGAUGACGUGGAGUUACCCGGGCAAAGCAAAAAGCCGGGCCUCGAUUACACAACGCAUCGACCCAAGUCAGGAAGGGACCAAUGUAUUCCGCAGUUUUCUUGUAAUCGAUAAAGUGAACCACCGAGACAAAGGCCUUUAUACGUGUCAAGUGAAGAGUGGGCCGUCCAUCAGAUCUGUUAACAAGACAGUGCACAUUUUUGAAAAACCUUUCAUCACCGUGAAACCUCGAAAGCAGCAGGUGCUUGAGACCGUAGCUGGCAAGCGCUCGUGUCGGCUGUCUGUGAAAGUGAAGGCGUUCCCCUCUCCGGAGAUCAUAUGGCUGAAGGACGGCCUCCCCGUGGCCGAGAGGUCCACCCGCUAUUUGGCCCGAGGCUCCUCCCUCCUCCUCAAAGAUGUGGCCGAAGAGGACGCGGGGGAUUACACCAUCUCGCUGGGCAUCCGGCAGUCCAGUUUAAAGAAGAAUCUCACCAUCACCCUGAUUGUGAACGUGAAGCCACAGAUCUACGAGAAAGCCGUGUCGUCCUUUCCAGAUCCCAAUCUCCACCCGCUGGCCAGCAGGCAGGUCCUGACUUGCACAGUUUAUGGCGUGCCCCGGCCUACAAUUAGGUGGAUUUGGCAUCCCUGUAGCCAGAAUCAUUCCAAAGCAAGGUCGGAUUCCUGCUCUAACACCGAGGGGCCGUUCGUCCUGACUGCCGAAAGCAACAUUGGGAACAAGAUCCAAAGCAUUACCCAGCGCACGGCCAUCAUAGAAGGAAAGAACAAGAUGGCCAGCACCCUGGUGAUAGCUGAAGCGCGAUCUUCUGGAGUCUAUAGCUGUGUGGCGGCCAAUAAAGUCGGGCAGGUCGAGAGAAACAUUAGCUUUUAUGUCACAGACGUCCCGAAUGGAUUUCACAUUAACUUGGAGAAAGUGCCCACCGAAGGGGAAGAUCUAGUGUUGUCCUGCACAGUCAACAAGUUCCUGUACAAAGACAUCACCUGGAUCCUGUUGCGGACCGUGAGCAACCGAACGAUGCACCACAGCAUCAGCAAACAAAACACGGCCGUCAGCGGAGAGUUCUCCGUCACCCUGAAUCUCACCAUCAAGAACGUUUCUCGGGAAGACUCUGGCACCUAUGCCUGCCGAGCCAGGAACGUAUAUACAGGGGAAGAAAUCCUGCAAAAGAAAGAAGUGACCAUUAGAGAGCUUGAAGCGCCGUUCCUCCUGAGGGACCUUGUGGAUCAGAUCGUGACCAUCAACAACUCCACCAGUUUAGACUGCCGGGCUGGGGGUGUCCCCGAGCCCCAAAUAACCUGGUUUAAAGACAACCACAAGAUCCAGCUGGAGCCAGGUAUCGUCCUGGGGCCAGGAAGCGGCACACUGCUGAUCGACCGGGUGACGGAGGAGGAUGAAGGGCUCUACCGCUGCACGGCGACCAACCCCCAAGGGUCCGCGGGGGGCUCUGCUUAUAUCACCGUCCGAGGAACCCCAGACAAAACCCACCUGGAGCUCAUCACGCUGACCUGCACCUGUGUGGCCGCCACGCUCUUCUGGCUCCUGUUAACGCUUUUCAUCCGCAAGCUGAAACGGCCGGGUUCUGUGGCCGUGAAGACAGACUACCUUUCCCUCAUCGUGGACCCAGAGGAACUGCCCCUGGAUGAGCAGUGCGACAGGCUCCCUUACGACGCCAGCAAAUGGGAGUUUGCGCGAGAAAGACUCAAGCUGGGCAAGUCUCUGGGCCGAGGGGCGUUCGGGAAGGUGGUCCAAGCAGCUGCCUUUGGCAUCAAGAAGUCUCCCACGUGUAGGACAGUGGCUGUGAAAAUGCUGAAAGAGGGGGCAACGGCCAGCGAGUACAAAGCCCUAAUGACAGAGCUGAAGAUCCUGACUCAUAUCGGCCCCCACCUGAAUGUGGUGAACCUGCUGGGAGCCUGUACCAGGCAUGGAGGCCCCCUGAUGGUCAUUGUGGAGUACUGCAAGUACGGAAACCUCUCCCACUACCUCAAGAGCAAACGAGAGCUCUUCUUCCUCAACAAGGAUGCCGCCCUGCAAGCCACUGAGCUCCGGAAAACCAAGGAGGAGCCAGAGCCGGAGCGGGGCCUCCGGCCCGCGUUGGGAAGGACGGCCAGCAGCGAGAGCUUGGCGAGCUCCGGGUUCCAGGAAGAGAGAAGUCUGAGUGAAGGCGAGGAGGAGGAGGAGGAGGGAGCAGUGGAGACAGAAGAGGAUGAAGAGAACGACGACUUCUAUAAGCGGCCCAUCACCAUGGAAGACCUGAUUUCCUACAGCUUCCAAGUCGCCAGGGGCAUGGAGUUCUUGUCAUCCAGAAAGUGCAUCCACCGCGACCUGGCCGCCCGCAACAUCCUCCUGUCUGACAACAACGUGGUGAAGAUCUGCGACUUCGGCCUCGCCAGGGACAUCUACAAGAACCCCGACUACGUGCGCAAAGGAGACGCCCGGCUGCCCCUCAAGUGGAUGGCCCCGGAGUCCAUCUUCGACAAGGUCUACAGUACGCAGAGCGACGUGUGGUCCUAUGGGGUGCUGCUCUGGGAGAUCUUCUCCUUGGGGGGAUCCCCCUACCCAGGGGUGCAGAUGGACGAGGAUUUCUGCAGCCGCCUAAAGGAAGGCACCAGGAUGCGGGCACCGGAGUUUGCCACAGCUGAAAUUUACCAGACUAUGCUGGACUGCUGGCAUCGCAACCCCGAGGAGAGGCCCCGCUUUAACGAGCUGGUGGAAAAGCUGGGGGACCUGCUGCAAGCCAGUGUGCAACAGGAUGGCAAGGAUUACAUCCCCUUGAGCACCGUACUGCCUGUCCCCGCUGGGCCGGCAUCCCGGACCCCGGCCACGCGUCAGACCCAUUUCCGAGAAGAUGUUUCAGCUCCCAUAUCCAGCUGGAAGAGCAUCGACAGCAUCAGAUACGUCAACGCUUUCGAAUUUGGCCAAUCCCGGAGGCUGAGGACCUGCGCCGAGCUCUCGUCCCGGGGCUGCUCCAUGUUUGAGGACUAUCGGGCCAGCAGCAGCCUGGUCCUGGCCUCCACGGAACUUCAGCACGGCCCCUGGACCGGGAACAAAGCCAAAGGACCCUUCGUCCUGGGCCUGAACGUGAGCAGCUGGAGCAAGGAGUCGGGCCUGGGGGCCUCCCAUGCUGGCUACGGGGGUGCCAGCCAAGCUCAGCGCCGCUUCACGUGUGACACCUCAGCGCUGGACAGGAUGGCGUGCUGUGCGCCCCCGGGCCCUUUCCCGCUGGGCCGGGGCCUUCCCGCCCCCGUCUAACGGGGUGGGCAGGCCUCGGCUACGCUGCAGUAACUUCGCUUUGCCCGGCGCGACCCAUUUAUCCACUUAGAGCACGCCCUGGGAACCAGCUGCUUUUUCUGACUUUUUGCAACGAGAAUGAGCUUUGCCAGCCCCUCAGAGGUAAAUGAAAUCCUGAUUUAAAGCCAGGAAGGCCAGUGGAGUGAGCUCUCUGGCCGGGGCCACGAGGCGGGCCCCCCUCCUCACCCCCACCCUGAGGCGUUUGGGAUUUAAUGUUCCCAGCUCGGGGUGGGCAGCGGACUGGGACAAAUUGGACCUCAGGCUUCUGCUGGCCUAGAGCCCCGCUGUGUCUCUCCCCAGCCCACACCCUGCCAGCUGGCAGGACCGCCCCAAACACUGGGCCGCAGUGAACGUCAGCCCUCCAACCGUCUUUGUCUUCGGGAACUAAAGGAGCCGUCAAACGUGUCUCAGCUUUCUUGGAUCGUGACGCUCAGAAGGUCGAGGGGGUGACGUUCACUGCGUCUGGCCGGGCAGGGCUGGCUCCACUCCAAAAGUCAGAGGCGGGGAGGAACUCACCUCAUAAACUGCUCGGGGACCAGGCAGGAGAGCCGGAGGGCAGCCGCCCUUAAAAGCGAUCGCCGCUCUCCUCCCCGCCGGCUCACGUCAGGAUUAACCAUCUCUACAGCACUUUAAAAAUCGCCCCUACCUGCCGCGGGGUUUGCCUUUGAGCGUAGCAGGUGUGUCCAGCCCGAUAGAGGGAAAGGCCUGGUUUCAGCAAAUCCCCGGCCCGGGCGCCGCCUGCCCUGCCCUGGCUUGGCCCAGAACGCUUCGAUGCCUCUGAGGAUGGAAGGGUCUCUCUCGGUCUGGAGGGAAAGAUGUUUCUGGUGCAUAAAUACUGAAGGAAACUAGAAUAGCUAGCGUGAGUUUUGUGCCAACUGAGAAUGUACACUGGAUGAGUGAGUUAACGUCUUCCAUUUCUAAUCUAUUUUUAAGAAAGUAUAUUUUGACCGCUACCGUUGUAUAAUAAAUGGUCUUUUACAU